GUGUUCAAAGACUGUUGUGUAAUUUGGGUGAGAGAGGAGGAGGAGGAGGAGGAGGAGGAAGGCAGCUUUCUGUGACAGACCGAAGAGGACUCGCACAGGAGAGCAGCCAUGGAGCUGGUCAUGCUGUCAGGAGGUGUUCUGGUUGUUCCUGUCCUCGCCUUCAUCACCUCCUUCCUGUUCUGGCCUGGGGCACUGUUAAGAGUCUACAACUGGUACUGGCGACACAAGAUCGGGCUGGUGAUCCGAUACUCUCACAGUGGAAGCUAUCGCUUCUGUUAUUCCAGCAGAGGGAAGCCAGGGGGCGCCACGCCAUCACUGCUGCUGCUGCAUGGCUUCUCAGCCACUAAAGACAUGUGGCUGCCCCUCAUUAGGUUUCUCCCUAAAGAGCAGCACGUGAUAUGUGUGGACAUGCCGGGUCAUGAAGGAACAAGCCGGACCGGAGCGGAGGACUACAGCAUCCAGGGCCAGGUCCGCCGAAUACACCAGUUUGUUCAGAGUAUCGGUCUGGAUAAAACACCCUUCCACCUGGUUGGGACAUCAAUGGGAGGAAACGUCGCUGGAGUUUACGCCGCUCAGCACCCUGAUGUCCUGUGCAGCGUCACCUUGAUGUGCCCGGCAGGUCUGGUUUAUCCCACAGAGUCUCAGUUCAUCAGCCGUCUGAGGGAGCUGGAGAAAAGUGAGCAGGAGGAGUCGAUCCCUCUGAUCCCUUCCACGACCAAGGAGCUCGAAGACAUGCUGAGACUCUGCUGCUACUCCCCGGUCAACCUCCCCAAACAGCUCCUACGGGGUCUCCUUGACAACAGGAUCCCCAACAACGGUUUCUAUAAAGAAGUUUUCAUGGAGAUCGUCGGGGAGAAGUCUCGUCAUUCACUGCAGGAAAACCUGCACCUGAUCAAAACACCCACACAGGUCAUCUGGGGGAAAGAAGACCAGGUGGUCGACGCGUCCGGGGCAGCGGUGCUGAAGGCGGCGCUGCCAGACUGUCAGGUGGAGGUGAUAGAAAACUGUGGUCACUCUGUGGCGUUGGAGCGUCCCAGGAAAGCUGCUAAUCUCAUCAUGAACUACCUAACUGCACGGGAAGUCAGCACUGAAAACACCAAGAAACUUUCCUGAAGAAAAGCCUUGAACUUAAAUGUUGAUCUCUAACCUCACAAAGGAGGACACAAUGACAAUGAAGGUUAUGAUGAAGAUGAAGAAGUGAAGUUAAUUGUUAAAUUUAUUAUUUUUAAGUUUGAUAUGUGAGUUUUCUGUGCCAGCAUGCACUUCUGUAAUAGUUGAAAUUAACACAAAGCAAAGCGAGGCUGACUGUCAAACUACGCUGCAGUUUUUACACUCACUCAAACAUAGGCAUGCACCGGCACUAACACAGGAGGCUGUCUAAGAAGUUUCAUGAAAACAUUCCAUGUUUUGAUUUUGCACUUUUCAUACUUUUCAGACCAUUAUUUUCAUCCUUUAUUUUUUGUGAAUGUCAUGUUUGUUUGUGAGUCUUAUGUAUGCGUUGAAAUGUUUAAUUUCAUAUAAACAUUCAGUUGUAUUUAAGUUGUAUGAGAUUAUUUCAUGAUUCCAGCACCAGACCAGAGUGUUUAUUCGUGGACUGCAAAAAUAAAUCUUUAAACAAUGA